GUUUCUUUCUACCUUUCCCGGCAAACGGUUCAAACUGCUUUUCCUCUCUUUCAUCAUCAUCAUCACCACCACCGUUCGUUCAACUCCUCCUACGAUCCAACAACUGCUUCAUCCUCGCUCAAUCCCAACCCCUUACUUACUCAGACUUUUCUUUCACUGCGCUUUUGCGGAGCAUCUGCCGUUUGUCUCUAUUAUCUUUUUGUAGAUAUUUUCGUUGUCGUUCUCCGUCGCGUCAUCUUGCGGCGAUCGACCUAAGCUACCUGAAUCCACAUCCCACCCCGCGAAUCAAGUUGAACAUUUUGUGUCGCCUUAGCUGUCAGACAUCGGCUUUACACACCCUCGAGUCUAAGCUAGGGCCGGUUCAAGCUUACCCUCGUCGGUUUUCCAAUCCGUCGUCAGGCGCGUCGGGCAUGGCGCCAUAGCUGCUGGAACCGGGUCUCUACUCGCAAUUCAUGCAUAUUACCCCUUUGUCAAUUGCUAUUGUCAAUAGAGGAGCAUGCUUCUUCGGUUACCGCCCAGCCUCCACUACCCGAUCACCGUAACGUCGCUGCUGAAACAGCCCGGCGACUCGGUGGAGAGGGACGAGGCGCUGUUCUGGUAUGUCUACCAGACGACCGUCACCGAGGGUGAUGGGCUGGGCAAUAAGAUUGAGGUCAAACGCAAGUUCCCGACCAAGUUUGAAUCGACUGUUGAUGGCGAAGUGGUUCAAUGGAAGAUUGCAAAGGGGGAUAUCAUCGAUGAACCUGUGGAGGUCAUCGAGAUUGAUGAGCCAUGUGCUCACGAAGUCCAGUUUGGGGGCCUCUGUGCGGAGUGUGGCAAGGACAUGACCGAGUCUACAUACAAUACGGAAGUGACAGAUUCGAUGCGCGCAACGAUUCAGAUGGUCCAUGACAACACCGCGCUAACCGUGAGCGAGAAGGAGGCUGCGCGAGUGGAGGAAGAUGCGAAACGCCGGCUGCUGUCAAAUAGAAAACUUUCUCUGGUGGUGGAUCUUGACCAGACUAUCAUCCAUGCCACCGUCGAUCCAACCGUUGGAGAGUGGAUGGAAGACAAGGAUAACCCAAACCAUCAAGCGCUAAGCGAUGUUCGAGCAUUCCAAUUGGUAGAUGAUGGCCCGGGAAUGCGCGGUUGCUGGUACUAUGUCAAGUUACGACCAGGUUUAGAGUCAUUCUUGCAGAACGUCUCAGAGCUCUUUGAAUUGCACAUCUACACCAUGGGUACCCGAGCAUAUGCGCAACAUAUUGCAAGUAUCAUAGAUCCAGACCGAAAGCUGUUCGGCGAUCGCAUCCUCAGUCGUGAUGAGAGUGGAAGCUUGACGGCUAAGAACCUCCAUCGUUUGUUCCCAGUGGACACGAAGAUGGUUGUUAUCAUCGACGAUCGUGGUGACGUUUGGCGGUGGAGCCCUAACCUUAUUAAGGUUUCUCCGUACGACUUCUUUGUUGGCAUAGGGGAUAUUAACUCGAGUUUUUUGCCAAAGAAACAGGAGCUGGGGGCAGUCAGCAAGACUGGGGAGAAGGCAGGGACGAGACACACAAAACCUCCCCCACUGGAACAUCAUGUCAACGGCACGACAGCGAAACCAGAAGGAGAAGUGUCGGCGUUAGAACAGCUUGUGACCAUGGGUGGCGGAGACAACCCGAGACUACUACAAGAACAGACUGACGCGCAGGAAGAGACAAUAAUGCACCAGGUGGAAGACCGCCCUCUACUGCAGAAACAGAAGGAACUAGAUGCUGAAGAAGAUUCUGCAGAAAGUAUUGAUUCCUCUUCCAGUAUGGAUGAGUCGCAAGACUCGAGCAAACAUCGGCAUCAUUUACUGGAGGAUAAUGAUCGGGAACUCUUCCAGCUGGAAGAGCGGCUUGAGCAGGUGCAUAAACAGUUCUUUGAAGAGUAUGAUUUGAGGCGAACGAGAGGGUUGGGUGGGAGAGUGGCAGCUUUGAGAGGCGAGAAGACGCCUUCGAAAGAGAAGGACGUUGAUCUGAAACUGGUGCCUGACAUCAAGGAUAUCAUGCCACAGAUUAAGCGCCAGAUCCUUGGCGGGGUGAUUCUGGUAUUUUCCGGAGUACUUCCGCUCGGAACCGAUACUCAGAACGCCGACAUAUCUUUAUGGGCGAAGAGUUUUGGGGCUGUUAUUUCUCAGAAGAUCAAUGUGAAGACCACCCAUCUGGUGGCCGGCCGUAACCGCACGGCUAAGGUUCGGGAGGCGACGCGGUACACCAACGUCAAGAUCGUCACAACACAGUGGCUUUUGGACUGCCUGACGCAAUGGAAAUGGCUGGACGAGGAGCCGUACUUACUUCCCGUACACCCUGAUGACCGAGGAGAGCCAAUCUCGCCUGGCUCUAAGGAGAUGGAAAGCGGAUGGCUUUCGUCAUCUGAAGACACGGGAGAUUUUUGGACCGAGGAAGAGGACGCUUCAGAAUCCACAGAAGACCUUCUCAAGUCCACCGGUCUCGACGAGCAUUCACCGAUUGGAUACGACGAAGACCAGCAAGCUGCUGUCCACGAGGAACUAAAAGAGUUCCUUGGUAGUGACGAUGAAAGCGAAAGCGACAGUGAAGUAUCGUCUUGGGCAGAGGAAGCGACACCCAACAAGAAACGUAAGCGUGACGAAGGCGCAGAAGGCGGGGACGAAGAAGAAAGUCAAGAGGAAGGCGAUCAGCCACGCUCGCGCCUAUCACAGCGUAUCAAGCGCUCCUACGAGCGAAGUACGGGACUGAAAGAAGUCGCGACUGCGGCGACCGACGAUCCCGCUCGAAAAUCGCCCAUGCUUACAGAAUCGAACGAUGAAGGCGCGCAAAAAGAAUCGGAUGAGCCUGCAUCUCAAGACCUAAAUGCCAACUUCCCCGAAGACCCCGCGGAGGACGACGACGAGCUCGAGCGGGAGAUGAUGGCUGCUUUCGAAGAUGGCGACUAUGACGCCAAAGCGGAAGAGGACAUUGCGGCGGGAAACAGAUGAUCUAUUUCCUUCUUAUUUGUUUUUGCUCGACUUCUCCUUCACCUGUUCAUAUUGGGGCGUUGAGGUGUAUGUGACGAUCCUGUAGCUGCCUCUUCGACAGUUACACGGUCAACACUAUAUUACUGUUGAUAUACCAUUUUGGUAUCCCAGAUUGGCUAAGAUUUAGUAUGCUUUCUCAUUCCGUUGCAAUUGGUGCGAUGCAAUGAUGGCAUAGCGAUGGCGUUGGGUAUCUGACUCACAUCUGAUUGAACUGUCUGAUAAGUUGUUCAUAGUUAUGUUUCGAUAGUAUCAAAGACAAAAAAAAGAAAUCUCAAAUUUUUGGAUAUCA